UCCGCCUCCGCCUCCCCCACAAUUCUCUUCCCCCUACUUCUUCUCCUCCCCUGACUUUUCCCUACCUAGUGCCCCUCUCGCCUUCCCUCCCCCCUCUCUAUGGUUCUUCGUCCCGUCAAUCACCGCUGAAGUUUGCUUCUCUCCUAGUUCCCUUGUCUCCUUUUCUCUCUUUCCCUCUUUCUGAGUGUGUGUCUUUAUGUGUCUGUGUGUCUGUCUCCGAGUUCCCCAGUCUCUGGCUCUGGCUCUGACUCUGACUCUGGCUCUGGUCUCUGACCGCCCCUCUGCCUAGAGCAGAGCGGGGCAAUCUGUCAGCCCAGCCAGGGGGGAGCCGCCUCGCCCGGGCUCGGGUUACCGGUGACUGACAGCGUCUCCAUGGCGAAUAAUUUGACUCCAACUAUUGUCUGGCGCGGGCAGGCCCCGGGUCAGAUAACCGGACCAAUCAGGGCGCGGGCCGCCGCAGCUCAUGCCCGCUUAGAAUAAUAUUAUUAAAAAAGCAGCGAGAGAGCUAGACGGGAGAGCGAGAGAGACGCGGGCGGCGGGACCUCGCCGGGCGGCGGAGUAUGCGGAGGAGCGUCCCGGGCCGAGCUGGGAGGAACCGAGCUGAGGCCACCGGCUGCUGCGGAGCCAGAAACAGGCGCGGGAGAAAUCGCGGGGCCCCAGACUUUUGCAAGCACUUACCAAAGUGACUUGGGAACUUCUUUUGUGCCUCCACCCCUCUCCCCUGCUAACUCCCAGCCCCCGUUAUUUUUUCCGACUGCUUCUGUUGGGCCCAUCUUUCUUGGCUGCCUCGAAAACCCGGCGGGCGCCCCAGAUGCAGGGCGGUGCGGUACUGUGAGCACCUCGGGGCCGCGGCAGGAGGUCGGAGCCGCAAGUCCAGACCGAGGGAGGCUUUAGAGGGUGGGGCCAGGCCCGGGCCGCAGCCCCGGAUGGUGAGCAGGGCCCUGGGGUGGCCAGCACCAUGUCCAUGCUGCCCACAUUCGGCUUCACGCAGGAGCAAGUGGCGUGCGUCUGCGAGGUGCUGCAGCAGGGAGGCAACAUCGAGCGUCUGGGACGUUUCCUCUGGUCUCUACCGGCCUGCGAGCACCUCCACAAGAACGAGAGCGUGCUCAAGGCCAAGGCCGUAGUCGCCUUCCACCGGGGUAACUUCCGCGAGCUCUACAAGAUCCUGGAGAGCCACCAGUUCUCUCCUCACAACCACCCCAAGCUGCAGCAGCUCUGGCUCAAGGCACACUACAUCGAGGCGGAGAAGCUGCGCGGCCGGCCGUUGGGCGCCGUGGGCAAGUACCGAGUGCGGCGCAAAUUCCCGCUGCCCCGCUCCAUCUGGGACGGCGAGGAGACCAGCUACUGCUUCAAAGAGAAGAGCCGCAGCGUGCUGCGGGAGUGGUACGCGCACAACCCCUACCCGUCCCCACGGGAGAAGCGGGAACUGGCGGAAGCCACUGGUCUCACCACUACGCAAGUCAGCAACUGGUUCAAGAACCGGAGGCAACGGGAUCGGGCGGCGGAGGCGAAGGAAAGGUACGAGGAAAACAACGAAAACUCCAACUCCAACAGCCACAAUCCACUUGCCACAUCCCUGAACGGCGGCGGCAAGUCCGUUCUGGGCAGUUCCGAAGACGAGAAGACUCCGUCGGGAACCCCGGACCAUUCUUCCUCCAGUCCGGCGUUGCUGCUGAGCCCGCCGCCGCCGGGCCUGCCGCCCCUCCACAGUCUGGGCCAUCCGCAAGGCCCCAGUGCUAUCCCAGUCCCCAGCGGAGACCCCCUGCAACAUCAUCACGGCCUGCAGGACUCCAUCCUCAACCCCAUGUCUGCCAACCUGGUGGACCUGGGCUCUUAGAGACACUCAUCGCGCUGUACUCCGGCUCCUUCAUCGCCCGCCCUGCUCAGGCCCCAACCCUUCCCUAUGCCCAAGCCCCUUUCGCCCUUUGACUGCCCUUUCUUUUGAUUCCAAAAAGUUUUAUUAGUUUG